AUGGGGAGGAAUCGCGCUGUGUCCAACGCCUCGACGCGGAGCAGCGAGCCGCCUUUACAAGAGCUGGGAAGCAUGUAUGACUACCUGGCAAAGGUGAUAUUGCUGGGUCCUAGCGGUGCUGGCAAAUCCUGUCUUUUGCAUCGUUUUGUUAAAUCCGAAUGGCGCUCUCUAUCCAGCCAAACAAUCGGUGUAGAAUUCGCAUCCAAAAUCGUCCACAUUGCCGACCGCCGCCGCUCCCCCUCUUCCUCUGCGUCGCGAAAACGAAUGAAACUACAACUCUGGGACACUGCCGGCACAGAACGCUUCCGCUCCGUGUCGCGAUCCUACUACCGUGGGGCGGCGGGUGCAAUACUUGUCUAUGACGUGAGCAGCUGGCGGAGCUUUGAGCAAUUGCAGACAUUCCUCAACGACGCAAGGGCGCUAGCCGGGCCCGACCUUACCAUUAUACUCGUAGGAAACAAGAAUGACGUCGAGACUGGGGAGGGAAUUCCAGUAGGGUUAAGCAGUAGCCAAGGCGCCAAUGGAGGAGGAUAUUCCAGUUAUGGGAGCACACCAAGUUCAGAGAGCGGACUACCGCCACCUACACCAUCGUCGCAAUCCAGCAGAGGAACGAGCCUCAAUGCGAAUCUCCAUGCUUCGUACACUAUAGCCCCCGAAGGCCGCGAGGUGCCCACCGAGACGGCGUCGCGAUGGGCGGGGCAGAACGGGAUACCAGUUGCGGUCGAGGUCUCCGCACUAAAUGGAGAGAACGUGGAGGAGCUAUUCAAUAGAUUGGCGAGGAUGAUCUUGACCAAGAUUGAGCUGGGCGAAAUUGAUCCUGAUGACCCUGCGAGUGGCAUACAGUAUGGUGAUUUGGGCUGGGACGACGGUGGAGGCAGUAUCAAGAGCGGGUUUGGAGACGAGGGUGUCAGAUACCGUAGAAGAGGCAGGAAAUCUGGUGCACUGAGCGAAUGGGAAGACGUAUUCAGACUCGGCGGGAAUAGACGGAAAAGAGGCUGUUGUUGA